UAGCUUGCCCGAGAGUCCCUCCCGAUCUCAACAAACCCGGUUCUGACCGACAGCACCGAAUACGGGGCCCGCAAGCGCGUCCCGUCUCGGCCACUUACCUACCGCCUUUGUUGCUCCUGAACCGGCUUGUCAACCGUCACUCACGGUUCUUCCGUCCGGCCGGCGCCUGAAAGAACGACGGUGUGGCGUUGUUCCUCUCAGAAUCACAUCAUUUUCUUCCCACAGCCAUUCAUGACCGCCUUUCUACGGUCACUUAUGAGCGCAUCUUCUUGUUGCUCGUCGGAGCAGGAUUGAAGGCGAUCUGGACGGCCGUCCGUUGAUCACGGAGGUGUUCGAUUUCAGAAUGGCUGUGGUCCUUACUUCGGAAGAGGACGGCUAUUUCUCGUCAACGCUGCGCCGUUCACACUCGCAGCCCAAGUUCGCAUCUGAGCGUUCCGAAUUACGCACUUCGGCUUCAACAUCAAAGCUCAGCGACCUCAUCUCUCAGACCUCCGGGCCAUUUCCGGCGUCAACAGGUUCCUCAGCGCUGUCGUCCCCUCCCGCCACACAGGUCGAAUCUGCCGACUUGUCAUACUCGUCAACACCGGCCACUCACUUUUCUUUGGCGUCGGAUUGCGGCGAGCCCAGCCAUUUGGACGUCAUCACACGGGAAGACGUCGUCCUGCCGCAGGUCGACGACUGCGGCUACUUUGGUCGGCUGGGGAACCUGGAGCCGCAUCCGAGUCCACUGACGAACGACCCGGACACUUGUUCACCGGACCAACAGGAUGACUCGGCUCCGACCACGAGGCCGGGGAGUCCGGUUGUCUUGGAGAGAGCCGAAGAUGACAUAGCUGUGCGACCGGAGCCCUCUCGGCAUGUCGACUACUUCUCGCAUGAUUGGCGCGAGGAGGACAUAUGGUCGUCAUGGAAGUUCAUCGUGUCGAGACGGGGCGAUUUUAACAAUGCUGCCCGGCUGGAGAAUGCGUCGUGGAGAACGUGGAUGAAGUCGAAAAACAACCUGGGCACGGUUUCGGCCGAGACUUUGAACUGGCUCAAGGACCACGAUGUGACAUGGCUCUACGGGCCAUUACAAACUGGCACGUCCAGUUUGAACGACACGUCGACAAGCUCGAACAGCGCCAAGCUGUCCAAGUCGAGUUCAUUCAUUAACAAAAAGCCGAUCCUGAAGAAGCGAAGCAUGUCGGAAAUCAUGCUGCAAAGGUCGCUCUCCACUUCGUCGCUCGUGAAGCAGGCUGCUGCAGCCGUGCAGGCUCAGCAGCAGGGCGGCUUGAAGAGGAUGGGUAGGCGACCAGGUCUGGAUCGAGCCAACACUGACUACAUUACCUUCCCAUUCUCUUCGCGAGGGUUAAGCCACGAUGGGACCAGCCUGUACCCUUCGACGAGAUCGUCUGGGAUUGCUUCGCCGAAUAGUGGGCGGAAGCACAUUCACUUCAACGAGCAGGUAUCCCAGUGCAUUGCUGUCGAGAUAAAAGAGGAGGAUGACGAAGAUGAUGAUGCCGACAUGGACCGGUAUCACUACGACAGCGACUCGGACGACGGCGCCAUCAUGAUGAAGCGGAUCCAACCCAAGAAGAGGCGACCAGUACUGAGGAAGACGAAGCGACCCAACAGUGGUGGGGAGAGCAAGACGAUUGCCAUGCUUCCCUCGACGACGUUGAAAUACAGGGAAGAUACGCCCGAGCCGGCGGGAUCGGCCGGGAAGCAUCGCAGCACCGGGUUUAGGAGCCCACCGCUAUCACCUUCGUCAUCGCAGGAAACGCUCCGCCCCUCCAAGAAGUCGGGGAAGUUGCUCCUCGGCGGAGACGACGAUGACGAUGACGAUGAUGACGACGACAAAAAAGACAUGGACAAGGACGACUUAGGUUCCAGCACGUAUUCAUCUCUCCGACACAGCGAGGGCGGUUCCGGGCUGCGCCGGUCGGUCUCGUCGAUCAGCCUAUCGGGCGAACCAACGGGGAUGCGCAGGACAUCGUCCGGGAUGUUCAUGCCACUCGAACCCGGGGAAUCGGGCGCUACGAGCGACGGCCUGAUCGGUCGGAUCAUUGACACGGUAAAUACGGCCCGGGACAUUGCCCACGUUAUAUGGAACGUGGGCUGGAGGAGUUGAUGCCGGGUUCGUGUGGCGAGAGUCGUUCUUGUUAACCCUGUGUUCUUCUAGAAGGAGGCUGCUUUCAAAACCAAUCGACUCGCGCGCAAUUCGAGGAGCUUUCAGGGAUUGUACGAUUAAGACGGAAAAAGCAUUGGGCCGAAUGGCGUCCUCCGACCCGCAGGCUAGCUACAAGGCGUCUUGGUUGCGACACGG